AUGAUGGUCGUCGACAACGACGUUUUUCUCAAACAUUUGUCAGAGCUAUUCGAGGCCUCGAAGGAACAUGGAUCGAUAUGGCUAACUCAUAAACGACUGACACACGACACUACCACAAACGACGACGGUGAAUACCCCGUCCUCCUGCGCGUAAACCACGGCGGCGCGAAAGAGUCCAAGAUAUCCACUAUCAUAAGCCCAGGUGCCCUCCCAGCCUUCCAUGCGCACUAUGCGGUUUUGCUUAAGGCCCACCUAACCCCUCUCCUCCGGAAACGCGACAAGAAGAGGGAAAAGGUCAAAUCAGACCUGGCCACAAAGCGGAAGAAGCGCAUGACGGAGCCUAUCGUUGUAGAAGGCCCGAAGAGGGGGAAUGGGAGACGAAAGAGGCAAAGGCUGGUGAAGGCGGUGAAGAAGCAGGAGUCGAGUCAGAAGGCAGCGGCGGCGAGGACGGAGGAGGAGGAGAAAAGGAAGAGAGAGCGUGUAUAA